AUGAAAGAAGCUCGUCGAGGCCGUGGCCAACCAACGACAAGAAAGAGUCAAGAAACUGCUCACAUCCAUGAAGCGGGUAAAUUUAUCAGCAAUGCGCGAAGUCCUUCGGAGAAUGAUUCCUCAUUGAAAUGCUUUCAGCUCAAAAUAGUCAACAGCUGCGUGUGUAAUGCGGACAUAAUGCUUCCGCGAAGACCCCAGCGCACCGUUUUCGCGCCUUUUUAUACCCGUGCGUGGAGUUCGGCGAUGGAGACGCCGCCGCUUGAUCAUCAAUGCGAAGGCGGUGAUGUCAAUACCAAUCCCGAUAUCGGAUUCGAAAACGCCCGAAAAAGGGCCCGGGAGGCGCCUCCUUCGAGCCCCAAUAUCGCCUCUUCGGGGAAACAUCAAGGCAAAGGCGCACGCGGGCGGUUCUUCGAACGCACGCGUGUCUGGCAGUGGGAUGAAAACGAUGACAUGAGGUCGAAUCCUUCUCCGAGAAAAAAUGAAAAAGUACUCGUACGCGAAGGCGAGUUGAGUGCGGAGCAGUGGAUGGGCCACAUCGCGCACGUGAUUCUGGGCCGGCAUUCGCAGCUGUCGUCGUCGUCUUCGCUUUACUAUCGUCUACGCCAUCCCUGCAUUAGUCGAAUGCAGGCCCGGAUUGUUUUUAUCACCUGUGCGGAUAUGCACACGUACUUUAUCCAACGCUUUCCUUCCAUCAUCGAGGAGGAAACGAAAUCCAACGAAGAGGGCGGGAUGGUUUAUGUUAUCCGGGAGGAUGAGGGGGCCGCGUCUUUGGAGCCCCUUUCACCGAUGGAAGGAUCUUUAAACGAAGGGACGCCCUCCCCCGCGCAGGAGAAGUACACUAAAUGCGCAAAGUCCUUUAAAGGGGCGUAUUAUCUUCUGAUUAAUUACGGUAGUAAUCCAAUUUUUGUUAAUACGCAGGCCGUACCGGCAGGCCGAAGUGUCGCCCUGACGGAGGGGGACAUUAUUUCCUUCUUGGAGUGCGCUUUUGACGGUGAUGCGGGUGUGGUAAGUCGAUUGGGCAAGGAAAGCGAAGAGGAAACGAACAACGAAUCAGUGGAUGUCGACGAUCCUCAACAAUCCCUCAAACUCCCACCCCUGAAGCCUGUGGAGAUGGGGAAGGAGGAGUUUGAAAUGAGUUUCGAAGGCAACGAUUGUUUAGUUUCACUUCAAGGGCGCGCUUUAGAAGCUCUACUGGCCCAUCACGCGAAAAAAGGCUUCGAUGCUUUGGAUUAUUGCCCUUUCGCGGCGGGCAUUUCGCGAGAAAAGGGCGAAAACUUCCCGGGGUGGCGUUUCCCGCGAAUGCUCGCCUUACCAAGGAGGGGUUUGACCAGCACACGCGAGUUGGGUCUCGACAACGUGUUUGAGGUCUGCCCUCAGAUUCAAGCCUACUUUUGUUCUUGGCUUCGCCGACAAGGAAAGAUGUGGGGCCGACAAGAGGCAAACGAGAAGAAAAACGACUCGGAAGAGCGUCCGGGCGAGGCGAGAAUUGGAGAAAAUGGACCGCACGACGUCGCGAGUAUUCCCUCCAUGAAGGAAUUGUCAUAUGAUGCUUGCCUUAGGUAUGGGAAACAGAUUGAGGAGGGGUUGGAAGGGUAUUUUAGAGCGUUCGUUGAGGGAGUAUCGGCGAGUGCUUUUAGCAGCGAAGACGAGGAGGAAAACGUGGAGGAAGUCGAAGCGGAGGGGAUAGUGCUCUCGCCUUUACGAGGGCGGCUUGUAUUGCAGGCAAAACCACAACGACAACGUGGGAAUUUGUUAGCCAUCCGAACGAAUGAAAAGGAGACGGAGAAGGAGGCGUCCUCGAUGAGCCCGAUUAAAGAACUUCUCCUUCAGCUCCUCAACACCCAAAAGGAGGAAAAGAAGAAUCCCAGAAUGGAAAAUAAUACGCAAAAGCUACGGCUGAUCAGUCCUCUGAACGAAAGGGGGCAGACGGCAGCCGCGGAACCAAUGGGGCGGCUUUCCCGCUUUAAAACUAAUAGCAACGCCGCCGAGCCUCCGUUUGGCAAAGACGAUGACGAUAAUGAGGGGUAUAGUGCGGCUAAUCAUCAUGACAACUACGAAGAGGAUAGUCCUAUGAGUGAGGGCUCUCCCUACGGCAAGUGGCCGAGUAAUGCGCCCUCCGGAUUCCCCUCUUCUUCCUCUUCUUUGGGGCAUUAUUUUUCGUCGUCGGAGGGGUUAUUUCCGAGCGGAAUUCCACGGAUUUCCAUCCAGCCCGCGGUGCUCCCGGUUUUUGUCUUUAUGGAGCGUAGUCGAAGCCCGGAACGAACCACCCACGAGGCGCCCUCCUGUCGAGAAAUUCUCCGCACACGAAAUGGCGAUAAAAGUGAAGACGCCGGCCAUUCCCCGCGAUAUGUUUAUUACUAUGAAGAAGACGCGAUCGAAGAAAAGGGAAAAAAAAGGUUGGAAAGAACCCGCCCUCCUCCCCCUCGUUUUCUGGGAGCCUGA